GCAUUGGCUUUCGGCCACGCGAUCAAAAUCAAGGGAGCUAGCUUAGUUUGCAUCAUUUUUUCAAAAAGACGCCCACUCACCACGACUCCUCCCGGUAGCUGAAGUUUUGAUUUUUGUAGGAAGCCCCCCGGACCCUCGACUAGAUCGUGCCCACCUUGAUGCUAUCCGAACGGCGGCCGGCGGUGAACCCUAGGCGAACGCCGCGCAUCUCUUCUCCAUAGCAGAUGCGACCUUGCUGCCUACAAAGGGCGAGGAGACCACGGGCGUCGUCUUCCUCAAGCUGCUCCGCGCGUGCGACAUUAAGUUCAGCGGCUUCUUCGACAUUCUCCGCAAGAGCCUCUCCGCUGGUGCAGGGAGUCGACGAGCGCUUCCACGCCGCUGCCGCCGAUGGCGAGCUGCUGCUAGAAGUGGAGCCAAGGGGUGCCAACCUCAUGGGAGGCAGCAAGGCGGGGUGUAACCGCUGGAGGUUGUGCACCAUGGAAAAACAAAUCGCUGAGCUCAACUUCGGGCCCGACGGCAUCCCAUCGCUGGUGGUUGACCUCAAGCUCUCAAAGCCGGUCGUCGACCUGACCAGGACAACCGGAAGAAGCAAGAGUGGUUCUGAUGAAUGACGUUGGUCAAAUUGAGUUCUGUAAGCCUAAUUUUUUUGACUGUGCUUCAGUGGAAUCAUCGUUCCAGAAAAGGGCUGUCAUGUCUACAUACCAUUCACACACAAGUUAGCUUAUUAUUCUGUGAUGUGCUUCCGAUGUGCUUCCUGAAAUUUGAGCGAUCAGACGAGUUAGCAAGACCUAUAUUAGAAAAAGGGUGUGUGUAUGAUUUAUACUGCUG